AUUUCAAUAAAAAUAAUUUAAGUUGGGAAAAAAUGUUUGUUGGUUGCCUGAUCAAAUACUACACCGAUUACAGUUUUGACUCUCAACACUCCAUUUCCUCUUCUCCCUUUCAAACUCAGUUGAAUGCUCUCGCUUUUACGCUGCAUCUUUCCCUCUCUUCUCCAUUGAAGCGCAAUCUGAAUUCUCCAGCUUUCUCUCCUCCAUUGAAGCAGUUUCUGAGAACUUGAUGAUAUUGAUGAAUGAAUAAUGAUGAGGAUGGUGUCCAAUCGCAUUGCGUCAAACUUUCUCUCCUCCAACAAGUUUUGUUCUAAGGCAGAGCCUACAUUGAAAGUAGGAGAUGUUUUACAGCAGAGGAGAAUAUUUACAAUUGAGGAUGUUGUUGAAUAUUCUAAAGUCAGUAAAGAUAUGAAUCCUCUUCAUUUUGACACUGAGUGUGCUCAAAUUGCCGGAUUUCAAGAUCGACUUGUUCAUGGGAUGCUAGUUGCUUCCUUAUUUCCUCGCAUUAUCUCCUCUCAUUUUCCUGGUGCUGUUUAUGUUUCGCAAAAUUUGCAAUUUAGACAACCUGUGUAUGUUGAAGAUGAGAUUGUUGGUGAGGUGCAAGCAUUAAACAUAAGAAAUUUCAAACAGAACUACCUUGCAAAGUUUACCACCAGGUGCUUCAAAAAGGACAGUCUCAUUGUGCUUGAUGGUGAAGCUACGGCAAUCUUACCUUAUUUGAGUUGGCAAAGCCAUAUUGUUGAAUGAAUGAAAUUUUAUGCAUUGUAAGUGCAUUUCCUGAAACUAGCAUAUGAUGCUUUUUCAAAUUUCAAAACCAUGUAUGGCAACCAUUUAAAAAAGAAUACAUAUUUCAAGUUAAGGUGGACGCUAAUCUUCUCAAAAGGUGGCUUAUGGAAUAGAGAUUAUUUAAUCUAUUGCCUUGUAUCGGACAUUUGUUGUGGUGUUUUUGUAGGCAAUCGAAAUUGCAUAUGUAAAUUUAA